UAUAGGUCAUAGGUUGUCAAGGUACAUUGAAAUCGAUACUUUAAGACAUUUUGAAGUGCUGCAUUUUUUGGCCACCAGGUGCGGCCGCAAUCAAACGAUCUAACGCACCAUCGACGUCGCCAUGCCGGACGUCUGCUGUUGUUGACGACGUUAACAAUCGUAAUAACAACAACGACUGUCGACCAUCAAGUAAUCUUCGUAGAGCGGCUUUGAUGAUAACAUGGCGUUGAGUCGGAGGCGAUGACUGUCGUCGCCUCGGUGACGACGAAGACGACCGCUGCUGACACUGCGACCACGCGGCAACGAUGACGGGAACGACAACGUGGUCGGCUGCGACCGCGGCGGCGGUUCCGUCGGUGGCCGCGGACACGUGGUAGUGUGCGGCCGCUCAACCGGCUCCUCUGUGGUCAUCGUGUGCGGCUGGCGUCGGACGACAACAGCGACAACAACAACAACAACCACAACAACAACACCGAGGCGUCGGCGGCGGGGGCGGCGGCCGUCGCGACGGCCGCUCGUCCACGACUGCGACAAGACCAACGGUACGUCAUCGCGCUGGUCUGCUGACCGCGUCGCGGCCACCACCGCUGCCCGCGCGCGCACGCCGGCCGUCCCGAACGCACGCGGACGGUGCACCGUUCGUCCACGCUUGCCGACGACCGCCAAACACCCGCCGCCGGUGGCCGGGCCCGAUGAACCGGACCGAGUGUCAGACGCUGCGCGACUCGCUGGUGUGGAGAGACGCGCAGGUGUUGAGCACCCUGGCCGGCCUGUCCUUCAUCGCGCUCAUCGUGACCGUCGGCAACACGCUUGUCGUGGCCGCCGUAUUCAACAGUUCCAAACUCAGGUCACCGACCAACACGUUCAUCGUUUCGCUGGCCGUGUCCGACCUAAUGGUCGGCGUGGCCGUGUUGCCGUUCAGCGCCACCUGGGAGGUGUUCAAGGUGUGGCUGUUCGGCGAUUACCUGUGCUCCGUGUGGCUGGCCGUGGACGUGUGGAUGUGCACGGCCAGCAUCCUGAACCUGUGCGCCAUAUCGCUGGACAGGUACCUGGCCGUAACCCGGCCAGUGCAGUACCCGAGCCUGAUGACCAGUUUCCGGGCCAAGGUGCUGGUGGUGAUCGUGUGGGUGCUGAGCUUCGUCAUAUGUCUGCCGCCGCUGGUCGGCUGGCGGGACACUCACAUACCGGCCGAAGCGUCCACGGUGCUGAUCCGGAACGAGCUGUACCGGAACGGCACCGGCAGCCGGCCGCAGCAGGAAGAGCUGCCGCCGUCGUGCCCGUGGAUAUGCGAGCUGCCCAACAACAAGUGGUACGUCGUGUACUCGGCGCUGGGCUCGUUCUACAUACCGAUGUUCGUGAUGCUGUUCUUCUACUGGCGCAUCUACAAGGCGGCCGUGCACACCACCCGUGCCAUCAACCAGGGAUUCCGGACGAUGCGCAGCCGCCGGACGUUUGGCAACCGGUUCGACGAACAGCGACUCACGUUGCGCAUUCACCGCGGCCGCGGUUCGUCACUCAAGCACUCGGCCGCCACCGCGUCUCCGUCGUCCGCCGCCGUCAUCGCGGCCAACGGCCCGAGCGGUGGGUCGCCGGACGUGAACCGGCCGCCGAACAGCCGGCGGCCGUCGGUCCGGCGCAGCAACCACGAGCGGAUCAAGAUCAGCGUCAGCUACCCGAGUUCAGACUGCAUAAGCGCAGCGGCGGCCGCCGCGGCCGUGGCCACCGUCACCACAACCACCACCUCGGUGGACGCGAACGGCAACUCCCCGCCCGAGACGCUUAGCCAAAAGUCGCGGAGCUCGUUCUCGUCCACGACGUCGCCGACCAGCUCCAGUCCACUGUACGCCGUCCACUACACGGCGGCCGAGACGUACCAACACCAGCGGGCCGCCACGGUCCGGUCGGUGGUCGACACGUCCGCGUGUCAGCUGCGCGUGGCCGGUGGCAGCCGGAAGGAACACCGACGGUGCAGCGCCGGCGACACGGCCUCGCCCCAUUCGCGUCUCCUGUUGACGUCGUCACCGGGCGGCGACCAUCACCACCAUCACCAGCACAGCGGUGGAGGAAUAGCGGGCGGGCGACCCGCGUCCUGUUCCGUCGCGUCCGUCAAAGACCAACUGUCGCCGUCGCCGUCGUACGACGAGUCCACUGGUGGCGGCGGCGGUGGCAGUAGUGGCGGGGCGGGCGCGAGCGCGGGUAGCGACGUCGGGCUCGGUCGCGGCGGCCUUGGGUCCUCAAACAGCAAGUCCAAGUUCGCGUCGAAGAUGAUGGGCGGUGGCAAGCGGAACAUCAAGGCCCAGGUGAAGCGGUUCCGGAUGGAGACCAAAGCGGCCAAGACGCUGGGCAUAAUCGUCGGCGGUUUCAUCGUGUGCUGGCUACCUUUCUUCACCAUGUACCUGGUAAGGGCUUUUUGCCCCACUUGCAUACAACCCACCCUGUUCUCCGUCAUGUUCUGGUUGGGGUACUGUAACAGCGCCAUCAACCCGAUGAUCUACGCGCUGUUCAGCAAGGACUUCCGGUUCGCGUUCAAGCGGAUCAUAUGUCGGUGGUGCUGUUGGGCGUCCGCCGGCGACUCGACGGCCGGCAUCGGCGGAGGACUUACCGUCGCCGACUACGGCCGCCGCAAGGGGUCGGACGGUUCCCAGCUGGGCGCCGGUGGCCACGGCGGCGCGUCGCCCCGGAACAGGUACAUCGUGACGGGUUCCGGUGCCGGGGCCGCGGGUUCCGACGAGUGCAGCACGCGCAGCAUGCGACUGCUCCAGUAUUCGGACAGCGAACCGCUCAACGAACCGUGUUCGGACGACAGGUGAUGGCCACUGCGCGAGCGGCCACUCGGCUGCUGUAAUGAUGUUACUAUGAAAAUAUAUUAUAAUACGCAGG